AUGGCAACUCUACCAACAUCCUCCACUCCUCCAUCUCCGAGAAUGGCGGAUACACCCGCUGAGGUAUUGAUCAUGCCUCAGCCAGCAGAGGAUCUAGCAUCAGCCGCAGAAGUCUCUCAACCAGAACCUAUUGUCCAGGGCGUAAUUGACCCGGGUUGGGACACUAGCAAAGAUCAAGUUGGCCUUCUUGCAGACGGCAUCAUCAAUGAGGAGAUAUGGAUGCUAGUUCGUCGGCUUAAUAAAGUGGUCUUCUCCGUCAAACACACACCGCGAGUUUCGCCUGAUGGCUUGGAUUUGGAUGCAUCUCCUGACCAGGACUUUUCGCCAAACAAGAUGCGUGCUCAAUUGGAGAGACUCUAUAUGGGUAUCAUUAUUGGGUCAUUGGCUUUUGUCAAGCAUAUUUCUAGACUGAGGUCUUGGAAUGAGAAGACGAGGACUGGAGUCUUCUGUUCUGUGUACUUCUUCAUGUGGGCGAUUGACUAUCUGAUGCCAGCUGCUCUCAUAUUCCUCUGGAUAUUGGUCAUAUCUCCCAAAGCUCGAGCCACGGCCUUUCCACCUGCGCCUAUUUCGUUGGUUGGCACUCUUUCUGGAAAUCUCACCAAGCCUAAUGCUGGGAUUCUAGGCUCGGUAGACUCCGUUACUGGAGCUCCGGAGAACAUGCAAGGCGAGGCUGUGGAGAAUGAGUCUAGCAAUUUUGUGACUGGACUUGCUGCGAUUGGUGUCAAUAUCAUGUCGAGCGGAGAGAUACACGGCGAACCGAAUACGGAAGAGAACAGCUUCAGUGGGUCGAUGAAAGCCACACCAAAUGAGCUCGUUCAGAUGAUCGCUACUGGCAAGGAUAAGGCAGAGGGUAUCGAUAGACCUUCGAUGGACAAGUCAAAGGGCCCCAUGGAGACUAUUAUGUGGUCUUUUGCAAAGUCCGGCAUGACUGGAAUGGAGUCUGCUAACAAUAUCUGGGAGAAAUUCGCAAAUCUUCUGGACCCCAAGCCGCCUUUCAACACAAGCACACAAUCAGCUACUUUGGCCUCGAUAUUGCUGGCGAUCUGCGGAUUGUCGCUGAUCUUGACGAGGAACAUGUUUCUCAGAAGCAUGACUCUCACUUUUGGGAUGGCCUUGUUCGGCGGCCCAUUAAUGAAAUCCGCAUCCUCAUGGAUGGAGAGCAGUCGUCCCGGAUGGUCCGAAUAUGCCAGUCUCGAACGCACGAUCCUUCACGGUGUACCUAACAACAACCAGCUAGCUCUGGCCCUUCUUCGUCAAGGGGAGAAGCAGAGUGCUCCUCUACCACCGCCACCCACUCAAAGGGGAGGAGUUUCCCAUGAUUCAGUACCACUCACCUCAGAUGUCCUCGCAGCUGCAAGUACAGAUCUACCCCUCGGUGCCACGCCUGAAGAGCUCCUUGACGCAACCGCACCAAACGAGGAACUACUUGAUGAAGCCGGCGGAGACGACAUCGAAAUAUCCAAGACCAACAGCAAAGAGCCGCACAAAGUACUGCGCAUCAUGAAAGGAGCUGCCAAACUGGGAGUCCGCGGUUUCGUAGCGUUGGACAAGACACGGGCAAAACUAGGCCAUCCCGGAGCGAAGAAUCGCGUCGGCGUCGUCCCUUCCAAGAAAUUUGAACCAGUCAUUGGACCUACAGACUUUGAUGCUUCCUAUGAGGGUAAAGUGGGCAUUCUCUCCAUCGACGGCGCGAACUCUACCCUCACUUUCUCAUCGAAGAAUGAAAAGGUCUGGAGUGUACCGAUCCCGGAAAUCACGGCGUUGAGGAAGCAUUCUGGGUAUGGAUUCAAGACGAAGAUGACGGCUGGCUGGGCACUUGAUCAACGGCUCAGUGAUAGUCUGGGAUUCACGGAUUCUCGUGGGAAUGUAUGGGCGUUUACGGCGAUUCCGAAGAGGGAUGCGUUGUUCAAUCGGUUGAUUGCUAUUGGGGAGCAGAAGUGGGAGCUGAUGUGA